AUGUCGAGUAGUCAUGGUAUAACAUUAAAUAAACCAACACCUACACCAAAAAUAACUCCUGUAUCACAUCCUAGUACAACUAACCCAGUAUCUGAUUCAAAUCAAGCGGAAAGAUCACAGGUUCUUAAAAGAGCUAAUACACCAACUGCUUCCCCUAUUAGAACACCAGAGCCAACUCCAAGAAUCACAAAGGCGCCAACACCUUCACCGACUGUUGAACCAACUCCAGAACCAACAGUACCUCCAACUCCAUCUCCAACUCCAUCACCGACACCUACAAAAGCACCUACUCCAUCUCCAACUCCGACUAAAGCUCCGACACCGUCUCCAACACCAACUAAAGCUCCAACACCGUCUCCAACUCCAGCUGAACCAACUGAUGCAGAAUCUAUUCAAAAUUGGUUAGACGAAGAAAAGCGAAAAGAAAAGGCUGCAAUUGAUGCUGCACUAGAUAAAAACACACCACCACAGACACUUGGUGGUUACAUGUUAAAGAAAGACAACAUUCAAAGACAAGAACGUGCAUUGAGUGUUGCCAGAGAACAAGCACAAGAAGAGAAGAAAAUAGUUGAAGGAGAAGCUUCAAAUAGAGGUGGUCCAGGAACUUACAAAGGAUCAAACUAUCCAGCAGAGAAAGCCUCGAGUGAUAAUGUUGUCUCAAGAGCUACUGAUUUAGUUACCCAUGGUAUUCUAACUGGUGCAACAGCUGUUGGUAGUGCUAUUGGAACCAGUGUUGACACUGUUGUUGAUACUGUAAGAACUGUUACAAAUCCUACACCUGAAGAUAGGAAGGAAGAAUUUCUUACUCUUAAUACAAAGGCAAAACCAGGGAUAUGGAUUGGUCGUGGAAUUUUAAAUGCUGGUAGUGCUAUUGGCAAUGGCGCUUCAGCGGUAGGGGGAUGGCUCGGAAGAACAGCAACAUCAACCGCAAAUGGAAUACUAACAGGUGCCAAAUCACUUGGUAAUUGGGCUGAUGAUAAGUAUACAAAAUAUUAUGAAGAAAAAGCUCGUAAGGCUAAGGAAGAAGCUGAACGAAAGGCGAAAGAAGAAGCUGAACGUAAAGAACUAGAGGAGCUUAAGAAGAAAGAAAAAGCUCGUAAGGCUAAGGAAGAAGCUGAACGAAAGGCGAAAGAAGAAGCUGAACGUAAAGAACUAGAGGAACUUAAGAAGAAAGAAAAAGCUCGUAAGGCUAAGGAAGAAGCAGAUAGAAAGGCGAAAGAAGAAGCAGAUAGAAAGGCUAAGGAAGAAGCUGAUAGAAAGGCGAAAGCAGCAACUCCAUCGCCAUCUCCAUCUCCUUCACCAUCAAUAGCGGCUCCUGUGAGACAAUUUGGUGCAUGGGGUGCUGAUUUAGUCAAAGAUGCUGCACAAGGAAUUGGAAAGGAACUGAAGAACACAACAUUAGGUACAAUAGAGCGUUUUGGUAAUCUUACGGAUUACACAAUUAGAUCAGCUGCUAAUCUUUUAUAUAACCAGACUACUGAUAACGGUACUGAUGAAUUGGCUGUAAACGGACUAGCAUCAAUUAAGAAAUCAGCAGAAGAUAAAUACGAUGAAUGGAAAAAGAAUAUUAAGGGUGAAUAUAAUAAGUAUGCAUAUCCUGAAGAACAUAUGAAGUUAGAGCUUACCAGACUAAGAUCAAAAUAUGGUAAUGAAACAACAAAUACUACAACGCAAACGACGAAAGCUGACAGAAAGAUUGAUGACACUCCUACUCCAACUCCUGCAAUGGCGAACAUCACAACAAUUGCUCCAAGAGUUCCAACAGGAGAAGGUAUAUCAGGAAAUGUUUCAACUACUCAUAACAUUACUGAAGCAGCUAAUGUUUCAGCAGUUGAGCAACCUGUUGUUAAUGUAACUCAGGAAAACGCUACUGAAACAUCAACACCAAGACAGGAUGUAAAUAAUGAACGUCCAGAAGUUAAGGAGGUUGCAAAAGCAUACCUGGAGAAAAAUACUACACAAGUUCUUGAAGCAGAAAA